GAACCGAAUGCGCCAAUAACUUUGACGUCGUAGCUACGGCGGAUAUUAAGGCAGAAAACGCUAGCACACUAAUAGGCGCGCACGUCUGCACGCAUAUAGCGCAUUAGUACAACAUCACAUGCACAACAAACGCAGCAGCCAACUCUAUACAGGCUGAGACUUUAAACAAUUGGCUCAUAGCGCUUUCAAGACAAAUUAUUCAUAAAACAUUAAACAACGUCAAUUAAGUGGAAAACAAAAAAAAAUUGUUGUGCGUUAAACGAAAAAGUGCAAACUAAGUCUGAAAUGCAAUAUAUGUGAUCAUUUCAUAAUAAUUACAGUACUAUGUUAAUUCUUUCCAAACGCAAAAGUGGCAAAAUGUACGUAAUCAAGAUCUUAAAAACCACAUAUAAAAAGUUUCAAGUAUCAAACUAGUGAUUCGAGGCAAUAAGAAAAUUUUAAGGCGUAAAGAUAACAAUUCCUGUUAAAGUAAAUCGUAGUUUAUGAACAGAAAAAUCAACUAAAGUACACUCCAGCUAUUGGAAGUAACAGCACUGAACUGAAUUGAAUUGGCCAAAUAUUUUGAGUUCCUUACACUCAGCAAACAAAAUGCCCUCAACCUAUGCCUAUGACAAGUGUGGGCGAUCGAUUGGACAGAGUAGACGCGUGCAGCAUACGGAUACACCACCAAUGUUGUCUUCUCAUUGCAAUGAGGAUGUUGCGGGUGCCAAAUGUAUACGGACUUCCACCCACAUAAUAUAAAUGCGUACAUGAUACUUAUAAUGUAGAGGCCGCAACAACAGGAUGUAGCUGUGUACCCCCUAUCGAACAACACACAAAAGCUUCUUGCGAAGCGGAGAAACCGUUCUGCUUCUAGCAACGGCGAACAACAGGCUUUAUCUUCAGCUGUAGUGUGGACGACUGCGAUUUGCACAAUACCAUAACAAGCUGCACUGAACGACCGAUCCGAUCUUUUGACGGUGUCAAAAGCAAAUUUAUAUUGGUAUGGUGUCAUUUCAUAUAAGGAAUAUUCCGCUAUCGCGGCAAUUGCUAUUGUUUCUCAUCUCCAGUAUCUUUCAUUUCAACCACCUAUGGCGCGGGGCUGAGGCUGAAUCAAUUAAAUACAGUCAUGGACCAUUACUAUCGUCACUAAAUGCCCGAUCGAUGGAUUAUGGCACGCCGACGAAAGUAGCUGCUAGUUCAUCGGGAGUGUUUGAAGUGGAUGCUACAAACGCUGGUCUAGGAACAACCGUAAAUAAUGCGGCAUCAGCUGCAGCCGCUGCCCUCGAGAGUCCAGCAGACACCGGUGGUGAAAUAGUCGUGCCAAAAACUUUUCCAUUGAGUGCACAAGAACCAACGUGCGAACAAUUACGUGCAAUGUGGAUUUUUUCUAAGAGACAAUCUCGAGCCGCAGAAAUUACAAACGAAAUACCAACCUAUCGCGAUCCGUUUGCCUACAAUGUCUGGGAACCAUAUUAUUCAACUACUCGCAACAUGGGAGGAGGGUAAUACAUUGAUUGAUGUGUCAAAAUUUGAUUUGUUUACACUAAACAAGACAUUUUUAAUUACUUUUAAAAUUGCAAUGAAAAAGACAUAAUUUUUGAUUCCCUAUGUUCGAUAACGGGGCAAGAAAAGGUAUGGACGUAAGAGGACAAUUAAAACAAUUAAGAGUUCAUAAUUCGAGAGCCUCUCUUAGAGGUGUGUACCAACCAAUUUUUCGGAGUACUAAGCGAAAAAAAAACAUUCAUAUAUGUGCAUCAGAUUCAUUAUUCUGAGAAGAAAAGAAAUCAAGCUUCCUACUAAUGGAAACGAAAAUUAAUCUCAGCAGAAAUUCAGGCUGUCGGCUUAGGUUAGAGUACGUAAGUCGAAUACGCUUAGAUCAGGCAAAUCCUAUCAUUUUUAUCUUGAAUGUUUGUCCGGUAAGGAACGAGAAUACAACAGGCUGCACUUGAUAAAUCACAAAGAAAUGUAAAAUUAGCUCGCAUCUUUUUCAUCCACAUUCAUACACACAACGAAUAAAGUAAAGAUUUCUUCAUCCUAAACAAAGUACUCAACCGAGUAUAAUAGUUUUGUUCGCCUCACUAUUGUUUGCAACAUCUAAAACUAAUCGAGAUAUAUUGAUGUUGAGUAACAUAUAAGUAUAACAAGUAAGAAAGGACUACCUAUAUUCGAAUGUAAAUGGACAUUUUAUACUCUCGAAAAGUAAAGUGGUAUAUGAGAUUUCUGUAUACAUAUAUUUAAUUAGAAUUAGGAGUGUUGACUGAGUUAUUUACAUUCGCAGUGAAAUUAAUUAGAGAAAUUUGUAUACGAAGCUUACAGAAAUGGUGUGAAAUCGUACUUGAGUUUUGUUGUAUACAAUUAUAAUCGAUUUUAUAUAACAACAACAACAUUAGAACUAUAUUGAGAAA